CUCUCAGUCACCAUGGACGAGGCUUGGGAGAAGGGCAAGAACUCGGUGUCUGAAGAUGAUAUGGGCAUGGGCCCGACAGUGAUUGAAGCAGACAUGGUCGACAUGGAUGGCCUCUCCGCAGACGACGGGGGCCGACCAUCGAGGGCGUGCCACAGACCAUUGAGGUCGUGGACGUCCCCGGUGGGGCGGUGCAGGUGACGGUGUUCGGCAGAGUCGGAGCGCCAGCGGUGGUGGCGUACGGCGACAUUGGGCUGGAUGUGGGCCUCUCGUUUACGCAGUUCUUCAACUACAUGCCGAUCCGGCGGCUGCUCUUCCCGUACUUUGCCGUCUACGCCAUCGAUGCGCCUGGGCAGGCUGCCGGCGAGGCCGAGAUGGCGGCCGACGCACCGUAUCCCGAGUUUGGCGAGCUGGUGGAGCAGGUCGGCGCGGUCAUGGACGCGUUUGGGGUGGAGAGCGCAGUGUUGAUGGGCGUGGGCGCGGGCGGGACGGUGCUAACCCACUUUGCACUCUCUGCGGCGCACCGGGUCAAGGGCCUGGUGGUCAUUGGAGCGACACACAAAGCGCCCGGGUGGCUCGAGUGGGCGUACUCGCACGCGUCGCAGUUCUGGCUCUCGUGGUGGGGCGUCGACGGGUACGUCAAGGACCAGCUAAUGCAGCGGUACUUUACCUGGCGUGAGGAGGCCGACGAGGGCGGCCUGAUGCGGCUGACGUACCAGGAGGCGUUGGCCAACGUCAAGGCGACCAACCUGUGGAAGUUUAUCGCGAGCUACAUGGCGCGCCCGCCGCUCGACGACGCGGCGCUCGCCAGUCUCACCACGCCGGUCAUCUUCUUUGUCGGCCGUGACUCGUACUACUACGACGAUGUCGUCGACUUUUUCGGCGCGUUCAACUCCGAGUCGGCCUCGUGGGUCCCGGUCUGGGGCGCAGGCAACAUGGUCCACAUGGAGAUGCCGCAGGAGCUCGUCACUCCGCUGCGCCUCUUCUUCUACCGCUGCGGCCACGUGGCCUUUGGCCUUGCGCCGAAGGAGUAAAACUGCCGCAUCCGCC